CCCAGCCCAACCCAGUUCACCCACACACUUCUCCUCCUCUCCCACCUCUCCCUCCCUCCCUCCUCCACCUGGUAUUUUUCUCUUUUCUCUUCUUCACCUUCUUCACCUCUGAACUUCAAACCAGCUUGUGUGCGACCAUUGCCAAUUCUUCUCAUCCUUCGCCUAUACACCACAACUCUAUCCGGUCUACCCCUCUGUCGCAUCUUCCUCGCAUUUCGCACCGACCCCCCAUGGCCUAAACCCCCCGUCCUAUUCCUCCCACACCCUGUCGGUUCCUGCAUCACAUCCUCCCAAGUCAUGCGCCACUCCGUCAGAGAUCACAUCCUCAAUAUAACGCCCACUCUUCCCCGUUAUAACUCCCCCGUGGACUCGGAUCAAACCCCGCCACCGCUAUAAUGUCAGUGAUCGUGAAACCACCCAAGCGCAAACUAGAUGACCUCGAUGGUCCCAUCGCACAGAACCACCGGCGUUUGUCGCAUAGCCCGUAUGUCUCCAGUGGCUCCCAAUCCGUCGAUCCAGCCUAUGGAGAUGAGACCCCGAGGGAACGAGUACACAGCCUCCCCGGAGACAACCCAGAGGCCUCACAUUGGUUUGCCCCUUCGCUGCGGGGGGUUACCUCUAGCCGAGGGUCUCCCACGGCCUUCGAAAGCGCCACCCAGGUGCCCCGAAAGUUCGCGCGGAACUCAUCCAUCGUGCUGAUCGGCAUCCGAGGAACCGGCAAAUCCAGUUUGGCGGUGAUACUGGCAGCCACGUCGGGGCGGAGGUUGAUCGACGCGGACCGGUACUUCCAACAGGUCACCGGCCGGUCGCGCGCGGCGUACAAAAAAGAAUUUGAAUUGGUGGACUAUCGACAGCAGGAAGCCCGAGUGAUGGAGUCGAUGCUGGCAGACCAUCAGGAAGGGUGCGUGAUUGCCUGCGGGCCGGGUUCUAUGGAGCGCAGUGGGCAGAUGCUGCUCCGUGAGUACGCCAGAACCCAUCCGGUGAUCUAUCUCCUCCGGGACGCAGAAAGCAUCCAGUCUUAUCUGAAGGCGUGGAAUGUCGACAAAGUCCGUCGGUUCCUCGGCCUGGCGGGGCCGAUCUAUCGGGCGUGUUCCAACCUGGAGUUCUUCAACGUGUCGGAGAAAGGCAUGGCGGAGCAUGCGGCCGCCAAGGACGGUAACCACGCUCAGUUGGAGCUGGAUCUGGACCAGCGCUUCCAGGCUAUCACGCCCUUCCUGACUCUGAAACGAUUGCAGCUCGACUUUCUCCGGUUUAUUGCGUUUGCUACGGGCGAUGCCAAUGACUUGAGCAGUCUGAACGCGUCCUUCCCGCUGUCCAUGCAAGCGAUCGAGUCGCGGGCGUUUACUUACGCUGUGACAGUGCCGAUUUCUUCGUUGUUGGAGCGGGACCUGGACAUCGAAGACCUUGAGUCUACAUCUGAUGCAUUCGAACUCAAGAUUGACAUCACGGAACCGCCCUCCUCGCGACUAGCUGUGGACUCCGGCAUCGCCGACAAGAUCAGCCAUGCGGUCGCAAACAUUCGACGAAAUACUGUCGUUCCACUCGUAUAUCACGUGGAAAGUAGUGUAGGCUUCAGUAGCCAGAACGGUGAGCACAACGAACACUCGCGUCGGCCCACCAACGAGUAUUUGAACCUUAUCCAGCAUGGGCUGCGCCUGGCUCCGGAAUUCGUGACGGUCGACCUGUCGUAUAGCGACGACCUCUUGUCUCAAAUCAUCGCGUCGAAGGGCUCGAGCCGUGUGAUCGGCCAUUAUGCUGCGGCUCAGCCUCCGCCGAGGGGGUGGGACGACCCGACAUACAUGAAUCUUUACGAGCGAGCAAAACGGCUGGGCUGUGAUCUAGUACGAUUGACUCAGCCGGCGACCUCCAUAGAUGACAAUUUUGCAGUUCAAAGGUUUCGCGACUCCUUCAAGUUGCUUCCGACUCCUCUACCUCUUAUAGCAUACAACUCAGGACUGCUGGGCCGGUUGUCUUGUUGUUUCAACCCGAUCUUGACGCCUGUGACACAUCAGUCUCUUCUCUCUGAAACACAACUCAACGGGCUUCCCUGUAUCACGUUGCGUGAAGCCCAGGAAGCUCUCUACUCCUCCUUCACUCUGGACCCUAUGCAGUUCUUUCUGUUCGGCGGCAACGUCACCUACAGUCUGUCGCCAAUCAUGCACAACGCGGCAUACAAUCUCUGUGGCAUGCCGCAUGUCUACCGAACCCACCAGUCAUCUACCUUGCGUGGACUGAAUGAUCUGGUCUCCAAUCCACACUUUGGCGGCACCAGUGUCGCCUUGCCGUACAAGACAGAAGUAAUUCCCCUCCUCCAUUCGAUGUCUCCUCACGCCCGCGCCAUCGGUGCUGUGAACACCUUGGUACCGAUUCGGGAGGGCGACGAAAAGACUCUGGAUGGCGAUGGUUCCCCUUUGCUUAUGGGCAAGAGCCGCGCGGGCCCCGUGAAAGCUUUGCAUGGAGAUAACACUGACUGGAUUGGCAUUGGUAACUGCUUCCGACGAGGCCUAUCCCCUGCGAAUGCCAUUCGACCUCUGUCCACCGGGUUGGUUAUAGGUGCAGGUGGUAUGGCUCGCGCUGCCGUCUACGCCAUGAUUCAUCUGGGGGUGCAGAACAUCUUUGUGUUCAACCGCACCGCUGCCAAUGCGGAGAAGCUAGCCCGGCACUACAACCAACAAAACCUGCGGUCGCCCGGCCGAGCCGGGUCAACGACCCGCCCUCAUGUUCAUGUUCUACGAUCGCAACAAGACAGCUGGCCUGUCAAUUACAAGCAACCGACCGUCAUCUGCUCCUGCAUUCCCACCCACAGCAUCGGAGGGGAACCGGCGCCCAAUAAUGAGAUCCCGUCCCAGUGGCUGGAGAGCCCGACGGGUGGUGUAGUUGUCGAAUUGGCCUACAAAUCCCUCAACACUCCGCUAAUCAAGCAGAUCCGCGCGCUCUCCCACCGCGGCUGGGUGGCAUUGGAUGGGUUGGAUGUUCUCCCGGAGCAAGGAUUCGCCCAAUUUGAAUUGUUCACGGGCCGCCGUGCGCCUCGACGGUUGAUGCGCACGGUGGUGUUGAAGGAAUACAAGGAGGAAGAAGGGCAAUACGACCCGCAAGCCAUCCAGAAUCGGCUUGAGAAUCUGAAGGGGCAACCCACUUGAUGAUGAUGAGGUCGGCCGUAUCGCCGCUGUAAUGUGAUCGAUG